AACAUGAUCCCUCCCAUGCCCUUGGCCCCAUUUUGAGUCCUCUUUCAGCUAAGCUCAGGAAAACAGCAGAGGCAGUGUGGUGUGUGGCAUUUUACACCCACAUUCUAUAGACUUACUGGAGAAACCUUAUGGUAUAUAGGGACAAGUGAGCAAUUAAAGGCUCUAUAUUUUUGUUGACAACAACAAACACUCAGGAGGAGAGAGUGCUUUCAAAAUGGCUGCAGAAGACUAUAGCUAUCUACUCCAGGCCAACAGUGAAAAACACAGAAGGGCCCGAAACUGGACUGAUGCAGAGAUGAAGACCCUUCUGUCCCUGUGGGAAGAAAACUUUUUUGAAUUGAGAAAGAGUAAACGGAAUGCCAAGAUCUAUGAAAAGAUGUCUCAGAGGUUUUUCAGCUUGACUGGAGAACAUCGUCCCAAGGAGGAGAUAAAGAUGAAAAUCACAAACAUGUCAUUUCAAUACAGGAGACAGAAAUGCAUGACGGCAAAAGGUAUGACAAUAGAAUGGCCGUACUACAAAGCCAUAGAUAAGAUAUUCACCAAGAUCACUGAGAAUGGACAAACCAACGAGUUAGAACGCCAGUCCCCCGGCCCGUCCACGUCCUCGCAGCCAGAGAACUUACUGUCUCAGCCAGAGACCAUAUGUCUGGGCUUCUUGCCUGAGUACACAGGCACAUCUGACGAAAAGGAGAUGAAAGAAGAAGAGGACGAGUUCUCAGUCUCCUCGGCCAGUGUUAACUCUCCAGAGCUCUCCAGUGUUCAUGUGCCACAUUUCAAGAGGAGGAGACUUGAGACCAAGCAGCAGUCUCUGAAAAGAAGGAAGCUGAGGGUGAUGGAGGCCAUGUUGGUAGAGCAGAAGAAAGUGAGCCGGGCGGUGGAGGAAACCUGCCGAGAGGUCCGCAGGGUCAUGCAUCAGCAGAACCUCCACCAGGUCCAGAGCUUGCAGCUCCAGGACCGCAUGAUGAACCUGCUGGAGAAGAUGAUCCAGCUACCCACCGUCCCACCCAAAGCCUGGGCCCAGGGUGGGGCCAAAGAAACGGGACAGUUGAAGGGUCAGGGUUCACAGUAAUGAGUUGUUUGAGAUCUAGGAGAAAUUGUUACUUUUGGCAUUGUCGAAUAUAAUAGCAAGUUUACCUUUUAAUUACCUUUUUAUGUUUUAGUAUGGCUUUUUAGUUAGAUGGGGAAAAUGUCAGUUCCUGGACUAAAGUCUGUUGAUUAGUCAAAGCAUGAAGACAUGACUACUGGAUACCACAGUGAAUAUACAAGUUCUAAUGUUCACAAGAUGGGGCUAUUCACAAAACAAGACAACUGAUCUUCAGAGAUUAGCACAUUGUACAUUACUGAGGGUGGUUCAAUAAUGCAUGUAAUGUGUAUUGAUGAAUAUAUUUUGCAAAAUAUUAUUCCCAUGGCUGACUCUGAGCUAGCAUGGCCAAUUGUUCUUGCUGCAGGGCGUAUAUGUGGGAUCAGCCAUGUGAUUUGACUACCCUCGCCUCCUUUUCAGCCCUUUGAUCACAAAUAUUAUUUGUUAACCGGGAUGUGGCUGCGGGGGUUCUCAGAACCUAACCCACAUUAAAAUUUAGUAAAAUGCGCGAAUUUGGGCAUUAUGAACUGGUACUGAAAUCGUUAUGCAUUUUAUUUACAUUUGAUUGUCGAUGAUAACGUGUU